CUCACGGAGGGGCGGGGGUCCGCGGCGCAGGCAGUCGGAGAGCGCGGCUGCAGCGGCGGAGCCGGAGCCGUGAGCCGGAGCCGUGAGCCGGAGCGGCGGCCGGAUCGCAGCCCGCGGGGCCCGCCGCAGCCAUGGGCAACCGCGGCAUGGAGGAUCUCAUCCCGCUGGUCAACCGGCUGCAGGACGCCUUCUCCGCUAUCGGCCAGAACGCGGACCUCGACCUGCCGCAGAUCGCCGUGGUGGGAGGCCAGAGCGCCGGCAAGAGCUCGGUGCUCGAGAAUUUCGUAGGCAGGGACUUCCUGCCCCGAGGGUCAGGCAUCGUCACCCGACGCCCCCUGGUCCUGCAGCUGGUCAAUGCCACCACAGAAUAUGCCGAGUUUCUGCACUGCAAGGGGAAGAAAUUCACCGACUUCGAGGAGGUGCGCCUGGAGAUCGAGGCUGAGACCGACCGGGUCACCGGCACUAACAAGGGCAUCUCGCCGGUGCCCAUCAACCUCCGCGUUUACUCGCCCCACGUGCUGAACCUGACACUGGUGGACCUGCCUGGAAUGACCAAGGUCCCGGUGGGGGACCAACCUCCUGACAUCGAGUUCCAGAUUCGGGACAUGCUUAUGCAGUUCGUCACCAAAGAGAACUGCCUCAUCCUGGCUGUGUCCCCGGCCAACUCCGACCUGGCCAACUCCGAUGCUCUCAAGGUUGCCAAGGAGGUGGACCCCCAGGGCCAGCGCACCAUCGGGGUCAUCACCAAGCUGGAUCUGAUGGACGAGGGCACAGAUGCCCGUGACGUGCUGGAGAACAAGCUUCUCCCCCUGCGCAGAGGCUACAUAGGGGUGGUGAACCGGAGCCAGAAGGACAUUGAUGGCAAGAAGGACAUCACGGCUGCCUUGGCCGCUGAACGCAAGUUCUUCCUCUCCCACCCGUCCUACCGCCACUUGGCUGACCGCAUGGGCACACCUUACCUGCAGAAGGUUCUCAACCAGCAACUGACCAACCACAUCCGGGACACACUGCCAGGGCUUCGGAACAAGCUGCAAAGCCAGCUACUGUCCAUUGAGAAGGAGGUGGACGAGUACAAGAACUUCCGGCCCGAUGACCCAGCGCGCAAGACCAAGGCCCUGCUGCAGAUGGUCCAGCAGUUUGCCGUGGACUUUGAAAAGCGCAUCGAGGGCUCAGGGGACCAGAUCGACACCUAUGAACUGUCAGGGGGAGCCCGCAUCAACCGGAUCUUCCAUGAGCGCUUCCCCUUUGAGCUAGUCAAGAUGGAAUUUGACGAGAAGGAGCUCCGAAGGGAGAUCAGCUACGCCAUCAAGAAUAUCCAUGGCAUUAGGACGGGCCUCUUCACACCUGACCUCGCUUUUGAAGCCACAGUGAAAAAGCAGGUGCAGAAGCUCAAAGAGCCCAGUAUCAAGUGUGUGGAUAUGGUAGUCAGUGAGCUCACGGCCACCAUCAGAAAGUGUAGCGAAAAGGUAUAUGGGUUCUACAUGCGCUCUAAGUAUGUUUCUUCCAGCCUUUCACGCAUUUUAAAACGCUGCCGUGUUUUUUCCGCUUGCCUGCUGACCUGUGUGUCCUGGAAGGUCAUGCUUCUCAUCGAUAUCGAGCUGGCUUACAUGAAUACCAAUCAUGAGGACUUCAUAGGCUUUGCCAACGCUCAGCAGAGGAGCAACCAGAUGAACAAGAAGAAGGCUUCAGGGAACCAGGAUGAGAUUCUGGUCAUCCGGAAGGGCUGGCUGACCAUCAGCAACAUUGGCAUCAUGAAGGGGGGCUCCAAGGAGUACUGGUUUGUGCUGACCGCAGAGAAUCUGUCCUGGUACAAGGAUGAUGAGGAGAAGGAGAAGAAAUACAUGCUCUCCGUGGACAACCUGAAGCUACGGGACGUGGAGAAAGGUUUCAUGUCAAGCAAGCACAUCUUUGCGCUCUUUAACACUGAGCAAAGGAAUGUCUACAAGGAUUACCGGCAGCUGGAACUGGCCUGCGAGACGCAGGAGGAGGUGGACAGCUGGAAGGCCUCCUUCCUCAGGGCUGGGGUCUAUCCUGAGCGUGUCGGGGACAAGGAGAAAGCCAGCGAGACUGAGGAGAACGGCUCAGACAGCUUCAUGCACUCCAUGGACCCGCAGCUAGAGCGGCAGGUGGAGACCAUCCGGAACCUGGUGGACUCAUACAUGGCCAUUGUGAACAAGACCGUGCGGGACCUCAUGCCGAAGACCAUCAUGCACCUCAUGAUCAACAAUACGAAGGAAUUCAUCUUCUCGGAGCUGCUGGCCAACCUGUACUCGUGCGGGGACCAGAACACGCUGAUGGAGGAGUCGGCGGAGCAGGCGCAGCGGCGAGACGAGAUGCUGCGCAUGUAUCACGCACUGAAGGAGGCGCUCGGCAUCAUCGGCGAUAUCAACACGACCACUGUCAGCACGCCCAUGCCCCCGCCCGUGGACGACUCCUGGCUGCAGGUGCAGAGCGUACCGGCCGGACGCAGGUCACCCACGUCCAGCCCCACGCCGCAGCGCCGAGCCCCCGCCGUGCCCCCAGCCCGGCCCGGGUCGCGGGGCCCUGCUCCUGGGCCUCCGCCUGCUGGGUCCGCCCUGGGGGGGGCGCCCCCCGUGCCCUCCAGGCCGGGGGCUUCCCCUGACCCCUUCGGCCCUCCCCCCCAGGUGCCCUCGCGCCCCAACCGCGCCCCACCCGGGGUCCCCAGAAUCACUAUCAGUGACCCCUGAGGAGUGUCAGCCACGCAGGAAGGGCCCAGCCUCACCUACGCGACCUGUGGUCCCCCGACCAGCUGAGGCUCCCCUCUUAGACUUAUAAGCCUGUGGCCGCUGGCAUCCGGCUUGCCUGACCUCCCUGCCUCCCCAGGGUCCCUUCUGAGGACUCCGGGCUUUCUGCCUGCCCAGAGGGGCCUCCAGUGCCCCCUCCAGCCAUCCUUUUAGCUUUGCCCUCCUGGUUCAAACAGUGUUCUUUCUCCUCCCGUCGUCUCUCCGUGAGGACUGGUGGCUGUGGCCUGGAGCUCGCGGCCCCACACUCCGAGGCUAGGGAUGGCCCCGGGCCAGUACGUUGGAAGAC